AUGGCGGCAAUAAGGAGUCAAUUGGAUGAGUUUCAAAUUGACGAGUUUUUCAGAGCAUUACUAACUUUAUUGCAAUCAUCUUUGAGUGAGAACCUGUCAUUUGAUUCGGCAGAGUUCUUGGCCCGUCGUCUUGAUGCUUAUGAAAGAAAUCUAAAUGUUUUGAAUUCACGCCUUCGAGAAACGUACCCCGAGGAAGAACAGUUGUUAAGUGACUUGGGCCGGCUGAUUAGAAUUAUUUAUCAACAAAGAGAAUUUUGCGAAGCUUUAUCUUACCAAAAUUUCUUUCUGGAGGAGCAACAAGGCACGCAAUCAGUUGUUAGAGUAAGUAGAUCUGGAAUAGGUAGACCAACAGUUGAACUAUCGCAAGCAUUAUUAGAAGUUCUUCACGAUAACGUUGGAUUUUCGUGGUCUCAAAUUGCUCGUAGUCUUGGAAUAUCUGAAAGAACAAUUCGACGCCGAAGGAAUUCAUUCGCAAUGCCAAACAACCGGUCGUUUAGUGACAUUCUUGACGAUGAUCUUGAUAACAUUGUGCGUGAAGUUUUACGUAUAACGCCUAGAAUUGGCUAUAGGCUCGUCCAAGGUGCAUUGCGUAAUCGUGGUUUGAAUGUACAAAGACGUCGAAUCCUAGAUAGUCUACGAAGGGUUGAUCCAGUUAUGGUCACAUUGAGAGCAUCCAGAGCAAUUAUACGACGCCGUUAUUCUGUUCCAUGUCCAAAUGCAUUAUGGCAUUUAGAUGGUAAUCAUAAACUGAUUCAACCAUAUCGCUUUGUAAUUCACGGAGGAAUAGAUGGCUUCUCCAGGAUGAUAGUAUUUUUGAAGUUGGAAAAUAUAGAGGUUGCUCGCUUUAUGCUCGAAACACGUGGUCUGAAUCGUGGAAGCAUCAUAACUGGAACUUCUGUGCACAAUCAACGCAUAGAAAGGCUUUGGCGAGAAGUGAACAGUAUUGUAUGUUGUAGGUUCGUGAAUAUAUUUUCUUGUCUUGAGUCACUAGUGCUGGAUUCAACCAACGAGUUACACUUGUUUGUGUUACAUUAUGUGUACACUCCCCUUAUUAACGAAGCACUUUGUGAACUUACUGAGGCAUGGAACAAUCAUCCUUUGAGUAGUGAAAGGAACCUGAGCCCUCGACAGCUAUGGGUGCAAGGUAUGAUUUCUGAAAGAAACACCAACUAUAGUGCUGUGUCUAGUGUUCACAGUGGUCAACAUAUUGACUGGAAUGAGUAUGGCAUUGAUGAAGAUGGUCCAUCGGCUACAUUGCAGUCUGAUUACAGUGUGACUGUUCCGCAAUCGCAAAUUAACAUAAGAGAUGAGCAUUUUGGUCAAAUGGAACAAUUAGCAAACCAAAUUCAUGAUUUGGAUGAUACAGAUGGCAUUGUUGCCUUUCUUGUCAUUCUUAACUACUUACAACAACUUGACUAUCUUUAGCAGGCAUAAAUGUAGUAUAUUACUUGCAGUUUUUGAUGCACAUGAACACUAUUAACACAACAUCAAUUGACAAUAAAAAAAAAUAUGGCAGAUGUACAUUUUACCAGAAUGCACUGCAGUCAGAAAUCGUUUAAAAAGCAUUUUGAAGUUUUUUGAAGGACAGAUAUAAGAAAGGAGGUUAUUUUCUUUGUUGUGUUAAAGUUUCAUAUCAUUAGGUGAUUUUCUUCGCAUCGUUUGUUAGUCAUUUAUGCUUGAUUCUUGCUAUGUAUUGUGGUAAAAUGUACAUGCUGCCAUCUUUUUAGUUAUGGUCAAUUACGUAAGAUAAUCAGUAAAAGAGUUUAAGCAGCUAUAACAUGGAAUAAAUUAGUUGACAUUUUUCCACUCAAUUUUAACAGACUCUGUCUGUUUUAGUGAACCAGUCACAACUUAUCAGUGUAAAAUCUGGUCUUACUCAGAAAAUAUCCAAUUGCCAACUGUUAUUUUAUGCUAUAUGCUGGAAUUUUUUGUUAAUAUGAACAGAACGUUUGAGUUGAAAACACAACUACUUCAUGGAACUUACGAUAUAAAUCGAUAUAAAUUACACAAUGCCAAAUCCUUCCUCUUGGGUAUCUAUCGCUGUAUCCAUGUUCUUUUUAAAAUCUUCAAAACUUGUAACAGCUCCAGGCAAUUCCAAUUCCAUUGGGCAGGUGUUUGA